AUGAGCGAACAAAAGUACACCCCGAGACUGCACUCGAAGGACAACCCUCCAGGCGCGCCCACCGUCCUUUUCCACACCACGCUCGGAGAGAUAGAGUUGGAAUUGUAUUACUUGCACGCGCCGAAAACGUCGCAGAAUUUCUUCGAGUUGGCAAAGAAAGGAUACUACGACGGAUUGAUUUUCCACAGGGUGAUUAAAGAUUUCAUGGCGCAAGGCGGAGAUCCGAGCGGGACGGGUAGAGGUGGGAGCUCGAUUUGGGGCGGGAAGUUCGAGGACGAGAUCACGAGGUAA